GCCAGAUCCUUUUCAAAUCGUAAUUUUUAUUUUGAGCUAGCUAGGAGCUUGUUUUAAAAAGUAUUUGAGCGAAAGAGUAAAACCGGCAGCACCAUGCAGUGCGACAUACAGUAUAGUUGUGGUCACAGGCUAAUUCUGGUCUCUCUGGGACCAAGUGAACCUUUUGCCAUAUAUAGGUGUCUGUAUUAAGGAGGGGACCGUGAGGAGAGGUUUGAUUGUUUUUGUUUGUUUCUCAACAGCCUGCCACACAGCCAUAGAUCUCGCUUUCCUGAUCGACGGCUCCGCCAGUGUCGAGCGAUAUGGCAUUGGCAACUUCCGCCGAUUGGUCGACUUUGUCCGUGACGUAAUGCUCGGUUUUACAGUCUCACGGACAAAUACACGGGUUGGAACAAUCGUGUUUGGUACCAAGCCCUAUGUGCUCUUUGGCUUCAACAGUUACACGAACAACGGCGCUUUGUUCAACAGGUUCAAUAAGGGUGUCCAUUAUCCGAAAUCAGGGAGCCGUAUUGGCAGGGCCUUGUUGAUGGCCCAAAAUCAGCUGUUUCGCAGGAACCCCAGGCGGUCAAGGACCACCAAAGUUGUCGUAGUUAUCACUGACGGUAGCUCGAUGGAUGACGUCGCAGCUCCUUCAAAUGCCUUAAAGGCCCGUGGUGUGAGGAUCUACUGUGUAGGGGUGGGACGGUACAUUAAUGGUCGUCAGUUAGAUAUCAUGGCUUCCCCACCUCGCAAGAAUCACAUCUUCACCGCAGAUUGGACUCACUUAGGGAUUGUGGUGAACGAACUUAGAAACGCAAUUUGCUUAGGUACUGGAGGAAAUCUUUUACCAGCGAAGCAUCGUGUAUGUCUUUGUCCAAUAACUAGACCAACAAGUAAGUAUUUAGUUUCCAUUAGACGCGUGAGGGAACAGACAUGUCUCCCACGCAAUUCCUUUACUUGCCAAUACCACUUCAGAGAUUCGUGCCGAAAAAUACUGCACUGAUAUUGCCUUCCCUGCAUGAGAAAAGUUC